GUUAUUGCAACGAAAUUGCUUGAGGGUUAUCGAGAAGAAUCGAUCAUAUUGUGCAUAGAAGUAGCUCAAUUUUCUAUAGGCUGAAGGUAACCGCUGUUAUUGACGUGUUGACUAAGGCAACACGCAUCUGGACUGAAUGUGCGUGCACUUUCACGUUGGGCGUCGGCGCCCGUGAGUCGUACGUUGUGCCAGCCUUCAGGCAACUCGGGUAAGCUGAGGAAUCUUUAUGUGUGAGACUGUAUCGUUUGCUAUUACAUUUGUUGACAGUACGCCGUAGUUUGUUACGUAUAAAUAUAUACGCUUUAUAUACACUUGGAUGGUCAAGUAUUUGUGCCCAACGCAAACAGAAAUAGUCGAGCACAUCUGUGAAACAAAAUAAGGAUAUGUUGUAGAGGGGCAACGGCAGAUGGCAGAGUAGACGCAUAUUUCUUGAUUCAUCCGACAGAAAGGCAGACAUACGAACAGUCUGCAGUGUCUAUAGAGAAAUGUCUGAGCGCCUCAACUAUUUUUUUUCGCUCUUCCGUGUUAUUUGUUGUAAAGUAUAGUUGUAAAUUCAGAUUUUGUCUUCCGUGUCACAUUUACUACCGACGUUCCUGUUAAUAAGUUAAUAGUUGCUUGGUUUACGCUUGCAUAAUCGUUCAACAUCAUCGUCUGUGUGGUUCCUCGGCUCUGCAAGUGAAAUCAAAUCAAUGAAGUGAACACCAGUGCUUUCGUACAAAAUGAGUGGAUCAGCAUCGCCAGGCAUUAGUCGGAGGAAUCCCCAAGAUGAAUAUGAACUGGUUCAGCGUAUAGGUAGCGGCACAUAUGGUGAUGUCUAUAAAGCUAAAAGACUGGUGACAACUGAAUGGGCUGCUAUCAAAGUAAUUAAGCUAGAGCCAGGUGAUGAUUUCACAAUCAUUCAACAGGAAAUCUUAAUGAUGAAAGACUGCCAGCAUCCAAACAUCGUAGCUUACUAUGGAAGCUAUCUACGUAGGGACAAAUUGUGGAUUUGCAUGGAAUACUGUGGAGGUGGAUCAUUGCAAGAUAUUUACCAUAUAUCAGGCGCAUUAACCGAAAGCCAAAUUGCUUUAAUGUGCAAAGAAACAUUACAGGGAUUGGCUUAUCUUCAUUCCCGGGGGAAAAUGCACAGAGACGUUAAGGGGGCCAAUAUCCUUUUAACGGAUAAUGGUGAUGUAAAAUUAGCCGACUUUGGGGUCUCUGCCCAAAUCACUGCAACUUUGGGGAAGCGCAGGUCCUUUAUUGGGACACCGUAUUGGAUGGCGCCGGAGGUGGCUGCCGUCGAAAGGAAAGGGGGCUACGAUCAGCAGUGUGAUAUUUGGGCUGUUGGUAUCACUGCCAUCGAAUUGGCAGAGUUACAACCGCCCAUGUUUGAUCUGCACCCGAUGAGAGCCCUCUUCCUCAUGUCAAAGAGUGGCUUCAAGCCGCCAGUUCUUAAAGAGAAAGCCAAAUGGUCUGCUGAUUUCCAUAACUUUGUUAAAGUUGCAUUGACAAAGAAUCCCAAAAAGCGACCGCCUGCCGUUCGUCUCUUGCAGCAUUCAUUUCUACAGGGAAACCAUUUGAAUCGUCGAUUAGCAAUGGAAUUAUUACAACAGGUACAAAGCCCACACACUCCCCUGCGUUCGGAUAGCUUGACCGAGGCGGAUGAAGACCUGGCCAUUGGCGCAGCUCCGCAACGCAUCGCGUCCAAACGAACGAAAUCGGAAUUGUUUAAAGAUGACGUAGUACUCGAUCCCUCUGGCGCUUCCGGUUCGCCGGCCGAAGAGCUGUGGCCCAAUUCCAAUGGAGCAGCCCACCAUUAUGAUGUCGCAUCAGCCUGGAUGGACAAUGACGCCGCAAAUGAAGAACUUCACAGGACCUUAUUGCAGAACAUUGAGGAGGAACUCAAGGCAAGAGGCUUGGCAACAGCUAGUCCUCCGUUGGAUCCCUACUCUUCGCAAGCAACACUGCCCAUGUCUUCGUCGCGUGAAAUAACCUCGGCUGAAUUGGAAGACAAAACGGCCACGUUAACGUUGGACGGCGCCGAAGAAGCGGAUCAAUGGCUACGCGACAAUGGAGUCCUUCCAUUAGACAGCGGCCCAAGUGCUGCCGCUAUUGUUUCAUCGGAAGUGGAUCCAUCUAUUCCGGCCCGCCCACCGAGAAGGCGAGAACGCAAGAAGAGUACACCGCCGUCACCGAAAUUAACGAGCAACGGUCUUCCACCCACGCCCAAAGUGCACAUGGGCGCUUGCUUUUCGAAAGUGUUUAACGGCUGCCCUCUCGGCAUUCAUGGAACGGCAACGUGGAUCCACCCAGAAACGCGUGACCAACAUAUUCUUAUUGCUGCCGAAGAGGGUCUUUACACUCUCAAUCUUAACCAGCUGCAUGAUGCCUAUGUUCACCUGCUCUACCCCCGUCGCACAAUUUGGAUGGUUGUUGUUAAAGAUGUCCUAAUGACUUUAUCGGGGAAGACGCCGCAUCUAUAUCGACAUGAACUAAUUGCGCUAUUUAGUCAAGCUCAUACUCGACACGGAAAUCGCUUUCCACUUGAUCGCUUGCUAGUCCCUCGUCGCUUGUCGCCGUCUCAACGUGUACCCGAAACGAGAAACUGCCUUCGGGCUUGUGUUGGCAAAAAUCCGUAUAACGGAUAUCGCUACCUUUGCGCCGCAACGCCAAACGGUAUCUUUUUGAUGCAGUGGUAUGAUCCGCUGAACAAAUUUAUGCUUCUCAAGGUAUUACUUUUUGUUGUUGUAUCUAUUCGUGGAAUAUUUGAUAAAUCAGUUUUGUAUUCAUUUUUUUUUACAUUGCAGCACUAUGAAUGCCGAUUACCCCAUCCACUCACAGAAUUUGAAAUGCUGAUGAGCCCCGACAUGGAAUAUCCACUUCUGUGUGUUGGGGUGCGAAGAGGAUAUUCUUCUGAUUUGCGUCUUAACGUUGUACGUUUGACGGCCACCGAAGCCUUCCUGGAUGAUGGCAGUGUACCCGAAGAUAUUGAUGGUUUGGCCACUGUCUUGCCAAAUCGAGAGGCAAUGGAUGUAGUCUGCGUGACGCCAUUGGAUAAAGAGUCUAUUCUAGUAGCACACGACUCAAUCGUCCAAGUGGUAGAUAUGCAAGGUCAAGCCACAAAAACGCGUUCGAUGAAAAGUAGUGCCCCCAUCAAAUUUAGCUUUCGCAUCGAAGCUGUUGUUUGCCUGUCUGAUAGUAUUUUAGCUUUCCAUCGCUAUGGCAUGCAGGGACGUUCGCUUCGCGAUGGAACAGUCACGCAAGAGAUAACCGAUCAGUCAAGAAUAUAUCGGCUUCUUGGAUCAGACAAGGUUGUUGUGCUCUCGAGUCGCUCAAGUUAUCAAGAUGGAAAUUCUACUUCGGAUGAAGGAGUUAAUUUGCAUGUUUUAACAGGCCACGAAGCCACGUAUUGAUUUCUAUUUAAUUUUUUUUUCUUCCUUUUUCUUCACCUUUUUUGAAAUUCACAAGUUUUUAGAGACAUCCUGGUCUGACCAGGUGGAUCAGUUCUGAUCUGUAGCACAAGUUCUUGUAUAUAUGUUGAGUCAUGAAGAAAAAUUGGUUGAACAUGUACAUUCCGUAGCCCAAUGUUUUUUUUUCCCUUCCCCCCAUCCCUUUCCAUCUCUGUAUUGUGUGUAAAAAAAAAUUGAAAAAUUCGACGUUUGUGGACAUGUCACAUGUCAACUUCUUCGAAUUAAACUGGAAAUCAUUUAAGUCAAAAAGCCUAAAUAAAUUCGUCUUUGUUACAAAA